UUCCCUCCCUCUUCCCUUCCCUUUCUCCUCCUCCUUCUUCUCAGGUGGCUGUCUCCAUCCCUCCAUCCCUGGCUCAGGAGCUGUCCUCCUUCCUUGCUCCUUGGCUGGUCCUCUGCAUCCUCUUCUGCUGCAUCCUCUUCUUCUGCAUCCUGUGCAUCCUCCAGAGAGCCAUCAUCCUCACCAUCAUCCUCAUCAUGUCGGAGGUGCUGCCUUUCAGCGAGGAGAAGCUGGGCUCCUAUGGGGAAGUGGUGGGGGGCCAGCCAGUGGGGCAGAUCUCCUUCACCUGCCGCCUCCAGGACACCAACAACUUCUAUGCUGGGGGGCAAGCCAAGAGGCCCCCCAAACUGGGCCAGAUCGGACGCAGCAAGUGCGGUAAGAAGGGCAUGGGCGUCAUGGGGCAAAAGGGGCUGGCACACUUGGGGGGUGUAUGUGGGGGAUAGCACCCCACUUUUGCA